AUGGAGGAGGGAGAACAGUUAACCUGCCCUUGUCCAACACCCCCCGCACCAUCACCCCCGCACCAUCACCCCCGCACCAUCACCCCUGCACCAACACCCCCCACACAUCACCCCCGCACCAACACCCCCGCACCAUCACCCCCGCAUGAUUACCCCCGCACCAACACCCCUGCACCAUCACCCCCGCACCAUCACCCCCGCACCAUCACCCCCGCACCAUCACCCCUGCACCAACACCCCCGCACCAUCACCCCUGCACCAACACCCCCCACACCAUCACCCCCGCAUGAUCACCCCCGCACCAACACCCCCUGCACCAUCACCCCCGCACCAUCACCCCCGCACCAACACCCCCCGCAUGAUUACCCCUGCACCAACACCCCUGCACCAUCACCCCCGCACCAUCACCCCUGCACCAACACCCCUGCACCAUCACCCCCGCACCAUCACCCCUGCACCAACACCCCUGCACCAUCACCCCUGCACCAACACCCCCCGCAUGAUCACCCCUGCACCAACACCCCCCGCACCAUCACCCCUGCACCAACACCCCCGCACCAUCACCCCUGCACCAACACCCCCGCACCAUCACCCCUGCACCAACACCCCCCACACCAUCACCCCCGCACCAACACCCCCCGCAUGAUCACCCCCGCACCAACACCCCUGCACCAUCACCCCCGCACCAUCACCCCUGCACCAACACCCCUGCACCAUCACCCCCGCACCAUCACCCCUGCACCAACACCCCUGCACCAACACCCCUGCACCAUCACCCCUGCACCAUCACCCCUGCACCAUCACCCCUGCACCAACACCCCUGCACCAUCACCCCUGCACCAACACCCCCCGCACCAACACUCCUGA